AUGGCAGGAGUGUUCGAUCUCGAGUUGGAGAACGACCAAUACGAUAAAAUCUCCGACGAUGAAUUAGAGAACCAGUUCUUGGAUUCUUCGGGUGAAAUGGAGCAAGAGGCUCCUGAAAUUCUUUUAAGAAGUGGUCAUGGUAAAGCUGUGGACUGGUGGAGUCUUGGUGCUCUUAUGUAUGAUAUGCUGACUGGUGCUCCUCCAUUUACAGCUGAAAAUAGAAAGAAAACAAUAGACAAAAUUUUAAAAGGCAAAUUGAAUCUACCUCCGUAUUUGACGAAUGAAGCAAGAGAUUUGAUUAGGAGGCUGCUGAAGAGACAUACCAACUCUAGAAUUGGUGGCGGUGCUGAUGAUGCACGAACAAUUAAAAGACAUUCCUUCUUUAGGAAUGUUAACUGGGAUGACACUCUGGCAAGGAAAAUGGAACCCCCAAUAAAACCUGCAAUAAGUGGUGAGGAAGAUGUGAGUCAAUUUGAUACAAAGUUUACAAAACAGACACCGGUGGACAGUCCUGAUGAUAGUAUGCUGAGUGAAAGCCAAAAUCAGCUUUUCUUGGGUUUUACCUAUGUAGCUCCAUCAGUUUUAAAAGACUUCAUGUAUAGACCGGGUAUGAAACCAAGAUCACCCAGAAAAAUUACUAUGCAAGGAAGUAGUCCUGUCACUCCAAUGAGUCCAUUUAAAGGCCAACCUGCACUGUUUGAAUUUGACGAAGAGUUAGAAGACAAGUCUUUGUAUGCAGUCAAUCCAGCCACAAAAUCAGUUAUUUCAGAACCAAUGGACUUUUGUUCAAAUCAAUCAGUGCCUCCACGAUCUCCUGCAAUGGCUGUGAAAUCCCGUCGUAUCCCUGUCAAAUUGUGAAACAAGCGAUGACUCAACGUACCCGCAACCUUCCUACUUUGUUAAGCUGUAUUUAAACGCCUAGAUGAACUAUUUCCUUAUUUUGAAUUCAAGAAAUAUAAUGAUGGUGGCAAAGCUGAAUUACUUAUUGUGACAUUUGUAACUUCAGAUCUCGCAUCUAUAUAAAUAACUUCCUGACAAACUUAGCGAUAGACUUUUUACAUCAAUCAGGGUUUCAUCUAAUCUUAACUGAGAUAUAUAAUAUAUAAAAUGAUUAUGGUUUUGGCAAUGUGCCAAAUGCUGCCUCCUCUCUUUACAUUGUCAUUUUUUUUUUCACUCUUCAUGUCUGCCAAAUACAAUUUUAUCACUCAUCCAAUUGUCAUCCAAAAAGAGAGCUUAUCCAAAGUUGAUAAUUUAACAGAUUUUUUUUUUGAAUAUUUCUGACAAUUUUAUAAAUAAUUUAGAUAUCACAGCUACAGUUUUUUAAACUUUGCAAGUUAUUGGAAUUUGUAAAACUAUGUUGGUAACUUCCUUAUAUUCAUAAUCCAGUCUUAUUUGUGUUAGGGUUUUUUAUAACACCUGUAAUGUAUACCCAAUAAUUUUUCUCCCACUCUAGUAAAAAAAAAGUCUGUAGCCUUAAUUUUCAAAGUUGAAUCAUUUAAGUGACUUAAAUAUUGAAUACAAGGAUACUUAGCUCAACGUACUGACUUUAGAAUGUCUCAUUCUGAAACAAACAACUACCGGUAGUAUUGAAAUUCAAAAUUGCUUAACUUAUUUGCAUAUUUACUCCAUGCAAAUCAAAAUUAGAAUGGUAUAUUUAUUUUCCUUCCAUGGUUAUUAUUGGCAAUGCAUGGCGAGGGACAUCAAGUUAAAAACAAACAAUAGUAUCUCUUGUGAGACUGAUAGAGGGCGCUAUUUUAUAGUUGUUACUACUCUUUAAAUAAAUUUGUCGAUAAACUUGUAAUUCCAACAAUAGAAACAAAUAUUGAAAACUGCUCGGUGUCAUGACUGGCGUUGAACUGCAAACCCCAAGACUUUUCUCAGGGAUUAAAAAAAACUAAAUUUUAUAAUCUUGAGAUGAGUGCAAUGCUUGCAACGUACGUCAGAUGUAUAACAUGCUUUUUGUCACCUGCAAGUCAAGUGAUUCUUUAACUCUUUCCUGUGUAGAAAUCGGAGAUAAUGAUGGGUAAUUGUAUACUGUGACAAUACAAAAAAAAAAUAUGUGUCUGUGAUGUGUACAUUUUAUUGCUAAUAUUAAAAUCUGAUUUGAAAAUAAACAGC